AUGUCCCAUCGAAAUGGAGGUCAAGGCUGGCAGCCAUUUCGUGGCCGUGGUCAAAGUCGAGGCCGAAGCCAAAGUAGGGGCCAGAGUAGGGGUAGGGGGCAAAGUGAAAAUGCCCAUCAAGACCAAGGCCAUACGUCUACCUCGCAAGAUGACACAGCAAAGGAGGAUGCGAUUAUUUCUAACCUCGACGACAGCAUUCAAGAUGUCGUCCCCCGGAGGCCGGCGUAUGGGAAGCAAGGACAAGACGUUUUCCUUAAGGCUAACUAUUUCGAACUUGACGUAGCUAAAAAUAGUAACCUUCACUUUCACCAUAUAUCAUUUCUGGAUAAGGCCAGGGAGCCUACAGGGAUAAAGCUAGCUCGCGUCGUCAAGUUGCUUAUUGGAGAUCAACUUAGGAGACCAUUUGACGUAGUUACCGAUUUUGCCAAGACAAUAAUCUCGUAUGAAAAGCUUCCGGAGGGGUCAUUUACCGUACCGUACUACGAUGAGGAUAGCACCCAGGCAGGGGAGCAUAAUACGGUGAAUUAUAUCGUGAAGAUCGAACACGAAGAGACAUUAUCGACCGAGGAUCUCGUGGAAUACUUGAGAGAUCCUAGAAGACCGGUAGCAAAGGAGAGCCUGGCAAGGAUUGUACAGGCUCUUAAUAUAUUCAUCAACUAUUACCCCCAGGACUCCGAAGGUUACGCUACCAUUGGGUCAAGCAGAUCAUUUCCAUUGACUCAGGAGGACGUGACAUCUCUCCAACUCGGCUGCGUCGCUAGAAAGGGGUUUUACUCUAGCAUCCAACCAGCUACUUCAAGGAUCCUCAUCAACAUAAAUGUCACCCAUGGUAUAUUUCACAAGAGGGAAGGCUUAUCUGAAAUAAUAUCUGGAUUCAUUGCGAAGUCGGGCAAGAGCCUUGCUUGUCUUCGAAAAUUAGCGGCGUCCCUUAAAGGAAUCAGAAUAGAGUAUAGUUAUCUUAAAGAUAAAGCAGGUAAAAGUAUUCGCCGGGCGAAAACCAUCUUUGACCUUGCAUCGCAGAAGGAUGGCGCGGCAGAUACAGAUGUGACAGGAAGCCAGAAACGGCCGGAGGUGUCUAGAUAUGGUGCCAGAGCAGACGAAGUCAAGUUCUGGUAUGAGAGCGAUUAUAUUACAGUCUCCGAGUUCUUCAAGAAAGUUCACGGGGUGGAUGUGGAGAAGGACUUACCAUUGAUCAACGUUGGGUCUCGCAUUCACCCAACAUACCUUCCAUCGGAGCUCUGUCAAGUGUUACCUGACCAGAGAGCAAAACUACCGCGAUACGACAGAGAUAUGAUUUCUGACAUACCAAUACACAAACCUUGGGAUAAUGCAAGGUACAUUGAAAACCACGGCUUGGAUACGAUCGGGUUCUCAAGUAAAGGAGAGUAUAACAAGGCAAGACUGAAUAAAUUUGGCCUGUCGGUUAGCAACACAUGUUUGAACACUGUCAGAGGGCGGAAGAUGCCUGUUCCCCAGAUAAUGUACUGGUUCGGAAGCGCGAUAUCACAACCCACCUGGAAUCUGAGAGGUAUAAAGCUCGGACCUAAAGUGGGCGCUGACAAGACUUGGAUGUGCGUAGCUAUAAAUCCCAAAGCUGGCGAUUUGAAGCGACUCGAUGAUACCGUAAAUGACCUCGCGUCUAAAUUAAACGGAAACGGCGUAUUCGUCCAAUCUAAUGGGGUGCAAGUAGUGGCAAUCGCGAGCAAUGGGAUCGAGAACCUCAGAAGCCAACUCGCACGUGGACUUAAAGACAGGGCCCAGAGACUCGACUUCGUGCUCGUAGUCUUGCCGACAAAAUAUCAGGCUGCUUAUAAUUGCGUCAAAAGACUUGGAGACUUGGACUAUGGCGUGCCGACCAUCUGCAUUCUCCGCGAUACUCUUUUCCCCGAACGUCCUCCUCCUCCUCCUCCUCCCAUGGAUCAGCCUUCCGGGUACGGCUCUACAGACCAGCCUCAAAAGCCACCCCCAAACCCUCUCGGAAACCUUGUCGGGAACCUUGCUCUAAAGCUCAACUUGAAGUUCUAUAACAAUAAUCAAGCCGUCCAUCUGGGGACUCUAGGUUCGACCUUGAACAUGAAAGAAACGAUGAUCGUAGGGAUCGACGUCACUCACUCGCCGAACCCAAACCAGCCGAGCAUUGCGGGGAUGGUCGCCAGCGUCGACGAGCACCUCGGGCAGUGGCCCGCCGUCUUGCGACACCAGGACUCGCCGCGCAUCGAGAUGGUCACGCACCUGCAGGAGAUGCUCGAGACGCGACUGGAGCUCUGGAGGGAGGCACGGCGCAACCAGGAGCAGAAGCAGCAUCGGCAGAAGAAGCAGAAGCAGCAACAUCCGCAGUGCCGGCUGCCGAAGAACAUCAUCGUUUAUCGCGACGGCGUCUCCGAGGGCCAGUACAAGCUCGUACUGGAGAAAGAACUGCCUAAGCUGAAAGACGCGUGUAAGAAGUUGUACGAGAAGGAUAUGCCCAAGAUCACGGUCGUGAUCGUCGGCAAGCGCCACCACACGCGGUUCUACGCUAAGGAAGAUAGCAGCAACCCGGCCCCGGGGACCGUCGUCGACCGCGGGAUCACGCAGGCCGUGCGCUGGGACUUCUUCCUGCAGGCGCACCGGGCGAUCGUCGGGACCGCUCGGCCGACGCACUACUUCGUCGUGCACGACGAGAUAUUCCGGGAGAAAUUCCAGGGUAGCUCGGCCGACGCGCUGGAGACGCUCACUCAUUGUUUGUGCUACGUGUUCGGCCGGUCGACGGGUGCCGUGGGGGUCUGCACGCCGGCUUACUAUGCGGAUCUGGUGUGCAAUCGCGCCCGCUGCUACGUCGCUGCCGACGCUACGUUUUCUCGAGCUCCGCCUCCGCCUCCUAUAACUGGCUCGGCGGUGAAGCCGCAGUCACCACCUCUGGGGAGCCAGGGGAUUCGUUUACAUCGGAAUAUGGAGAAUAGUAUGUUUUACAUUUGA